AUGGUUGACACCUUCAAGGUGGACACCUACCAGGUUGACCGGAGCCAGCUUCAGCCUCUCUACCUCAAACUUGGCUGUCUGUCCAUCUGCACCUUCUGGUGGUGGCUGGAUGAGGUCUACCAGGGGGUGAGUGGGAGCACUCCUGGACCCCCAUCUCCCUACAGGCAGCUCGUCUGGAGGGAGUUUUUCUACACUGCUGCUGCCAGCACCCGCAGUUUUGGUCAGAUGGCCAGCAAUCCCAUCUGCCUGCAGGUGGGCUGGGACAACCCCCAGCACCGCUGCGCCUAGAGAUAGGGCUGGACAGACUAUGCCUUCAUGAACGCCAUCCUGACCCAGCUGCAUGCCGAGGGCUGGAUCCACCUUGCUUGGCACACCAUCACUUGCUUCCUCACCUGCAGGGACCUCUGCAUCUCCCGGGAGGAAGGGCUGAAGGUUUUUGAGGAGCUCCUGCUGGACAUGGACUGGUCUCUCAACCAACCAGCAACCGGCUGUGGCUGUCAGGAUUCCCACAUCAACUCACCCAUCGCCUUUGGCUAGAAGAGAGACCAGGACAGGGUGUGCAUUCAGUAGGUAUAGAACCCAGAGCCACGUGGGAUGGGGAGGUGGUUUUGACCCCUCCCCAAAGGAAAUACCUUCCAGUUCUGAAGGAUUUCCCCACUGAGUAUACCUACGAGCCCCAAGGUGCCAUGGGCCAUGGAGGAGCGGGCAGGCUGCCCGAUGGACACUCACUGUCCCCAGUCCUUUGUGGAGCACAGGGCAGUGAGGAACCUGGGGCGCAUGAAGUCAGCCCAUGCCCAGAGGUACUGAAUCCUCCGAGGGGCACCCAGCGCCCCCAGCAGCCCAGCUCCCUUCUGGCUGCCUUCCUCUCCUCCAGGCACCAGGCAGGAAGGUCAUGAAGGGAAAAGCCCAAUACUGAGCAGUGCUGAGCCCCAUGGAGACACCCAAACAUUGCUUCUCCCAUUCUGACCUAUUAAUAAAUCCCUUCCACUCUCCUGCCCUGGGAUUGAUGACUUUGCUGCUUGUUGCCACCCCAACACCCAACUCCCCACCAAAGACAUGCCCCAAAGGAUGGCAAGUC